GGAAGAAAUUCUCUAUUUUAGAAACUGAAAACUUGAUUAGAAAGAAUUAAAAAAAAAAAAAAAUCAUUCCUAUCAUGGAAGAAUCUUCCUUGUUUAAAAUUCAGAAUGAAACAAGGUUGGCAUGAAAGUGAGUAAAAUUGGAAGACAAAUGAUUGUUUUUAAAAUGGGGCACAUGCAUUCAAUUUAAUGUUGGCAUGUUGAGGGGUUUUUAUAAUGUGAACCCAUAAUAAGGCCCCGGGCAGAGUGGCGACUGCCCACGUCACUCGCAUUUUCAACUCCAUGCCCCGCGGGUCAACGGUACACCGUUGGGAGCUUUAUUUGACCAACAUGGCUACAUCAAUCACUCUCUCUAUCUCACGUCUCAAUUGGUAAUUUGGUACGUCGAUGAAAAUCCGAGGUGGGAAUGAGUGCUGAGGUAGAGAUGAUUCAGAUGGAUCCCCAUUGAAUUGCUGUUUGCAAUUAGGAGGGUCCCACGAUCGAGGACUCCCAGAACGAGGGAGGAGAGAGAGAGAGAGAUUCAAAUUUGAAUGAUCGAUUGAUAUAAAGCAAGGUCCUUUGUUCUGUUCUUUCUGGUGGGUGUUUGAAGAGUCUCCACUGCAAGAUGGGUUGGGAGCGUAGUGAAAGGUCUCUACCUUCUCAAGUUGAGGACGGAAUCGCCGACUCCGGCCAAUCUCGUCUCAGCCAGCUCGGUUACAAGCAGGAACUCAAGCGUGAUCUCUCGGUUGUUUCGAAUUUUGCGUUUUCGUUUUCGAUCAUUUCGGUGAUUACUGGGGUAACCACUCUAUACAAUAGUGGGUUGACGAACGGUGGACCUGUUGUUAUGGUGUAUGGGUGGCUUAUAGCUGGUGGAUUCAGUAUGCUAGUUGGGUUGUCGAUGGCUGAGAUAUGUUCUUCAUACCCAACAUCUGGAGGCCUCUACUAUUGGAGUGCCAAACUUGCUGGCCCAAGUUGGGCACCCUUUGCUCCAUGGAUGACUGGCUGGUUCAACAUUGUUGGUCAGUGGGCUGUUACAACAAGUAUCGAUUUCUCCCUUGCACAGAUGAUUCAGGUGAUCAUUCUUCUUAGCACAGGUGGAGCAAAUGGUGGUGGAUAUGAGGCAUCUAAAUAUGUAGUUAUAGCUUUCCAUGGGGGAAUUCUGCUUAUGCAUGCUAUAUUAAACAGUCUUCCCAUCUCAGUGUUAUCCUUCUUUGGGCAGCUUGCUGCAGCAUGGAAUAUUGUAGGUGUCUUUGUUCUUAUGAUUCUCAUUCCCUUGGUUGCCACAGAGAGGGCAAGUGCCAAGUUUGUUUUCACUUACUUCAACACUGAUAGUGCCAAAGGAAUCAACAGUAAAGCUUAUAUAUUUGUCCUUGGGCUUCUAAUGAGCCAAUAUACCCUAACUGGGUAUGAUGCAUCUGCUCACAUGACAGAAGAAACCAAGAGCGCAGAUGUAAAUGGACCAAGAGGAAUAAUUAGUGCCAUCGGCAUAUCUGUAAUUGUUGGAUGGGGUUACAUAAUUGGUAUCACAUUUGCAGUUACCGACAUUUCAUACCUUUUGAGUAGGACCAAUGAUGCUGGUGGUUAUGCCAUUGCUGAAGUAUUUUACCAAGCAUUCAAGAGCAGGUAUGGCAGUGGAGUUGGAGGAAUCAUUUGCUUAGGAGUGGUUGCUGUUGCCAUAUUUUUCUGUGGGAUGGGUUCAGUUACUAGCAACUCAAGGAUGGCUUAUGCUUUCUCUAGAGAUGGUGCAAUGCCUUUUUCGCCCUUGUGGCAUAAAGUGAACUCACAGGAGGUCCCCAUAAAUGCAGUUUGGCUUUCUGCUGUUAUAUCAUUUUGUAUGGCAUUGACGUCACUGGGAAGCCUUGUGGCAUUUCAAGCUAUGGUAUCAAUUGCAACUAUUGGACUCUACAUUGCUUAUGCCCUCCCCAUCUUCUUUAGGGUGACCUUGGCCCGUAAGUCAUUUAUUCCAGGACCUUUCAAUUUGGGCCGCUACGGAAUCCUUGUUGGCUGGGUUGCAGUUCUUUGGGUGAUAACAAUUUCAGUGCUUUUCUCAUUGCCUGUGGCCUACCCCAUCACAACGGAGACUCUUAACUAUACUCCGGUCGCAGUUGGUGGCCUACUUUUUCUCGCAGUUGCUUCUUGGAUCAUAAGUGCUCGACACUGGUUUAAAGGUCCAAUAACCAACAUAGAUACUUGAAGUAAUGUAUCUGUAUCAUUCAUUGUUAUUCUUAGAAACAUCUAUAAUAUGGGAUCUUUCAUUCGACCUGCUCUUGGACUGUGCGCACACACAAGCACACAUGAAGUUUUGGUAAAUAUAUUCUAUUUACUUUGUAA